CGGCUGCACAGCCCAGGAUCCGGCGCUCGACACAUUGUAGAGCGCGUAGAGAGGAGAACGGAGAGGAUGCUGGUUGAGCUGUUGGCUGUAGAUCGUGUGGAUCGCCAGUCAAUCAUCGAGCUACGACUUCCGCUCGCCUUUGCCCUCGCGAGGCAACAAUGCGGUCUCGACCCAGCGCAAAGCAUAUUUAAGCCCUUUGAGAGUGAGGCAGAGGCCGGUGCACUCAGCCUUGGCUCGCCAAUCGUAUAUCCAGGCUUCGGCGCCAUCCGGUCCCUGAGCGAGGUCAUUGAACCUCAUGGCAGGCAGGAGUCUGGACUUGUCUUCUUUGGCAACGAGCCGGAGCCUAUCAUGCCUUCCCUCUCUCCUCCGCCACGCGCACCAAGACCUCGCCCGCGUAGACCCACGACGGCGCCGACUACGCCGACGAGGUCUGCCUUCGGGGCUCUUGGGUCGCCCGACCUAGCGUCUUCGAAACGGAUGACGAUGGUGGCUACGCCGCCAAGACGUUCCUCGAGGCGCAUCGCCCCUGUCAUGCCAUUGAUGGUGCCGAAGACUUCGCAUUAUCUAGAUGUCACGUCGCGAGAGGAGCUCCCUUGGACGCCUACCUGGUCUACCCACGCCGCCUCCGCUCAGCAGAUUGGCUUUCCCGAGGGAGGCGCAGAGCACGACGACGGACCCUCUCUGCCCGGACUCUCGCCGUCGUCGCGCCAGGCUGCUCUCUCCUUGACAUCUUCGGUGCGACCUAAGAGUCGGGAUGCCUCAUCCUCCACAAAGUCGUCCUUCACGCAUGGGAGCAGCCAGGGACACGAUAGCUCUGCGCGCGUAAGCUUCUCGACGUCUGCGACGAGCUCGCCCAACAUCUCCUUUACAGCGACGAAGAGCUUGUUCACUUGAGUCACGGUCUCUCUCUGUAUUGAAGUCUUGAGGUGUUUGCGCGAAACCACUUGUAUUCUUGUCACCAUCUCUGUCG